AUGACAGCUAUUCAUUUUGCGAUCCUUCAAUUUCCUUCUCAGUCAUCAAUUCAAAUCGGAUACAUAUGUGCUUUGGUUUUGGCGGCUGUUGGGUACAUGGUCGACUUUGUUGACGAGGAUUAUAGUGCGUCGCUCGCCAGGGAAAGGUUUCCUUACCAGUGUGCAUUGCUGAUCCUCCUGUCAUUGGUGCCUACAAUCAACACCAUUACCAACACCGUGUUCACCCCUACACCUUUGGCACUUCAAUUCUGUCGCUUCAUCGCUUGCAGCACCCUUGGCGGUGUCAACUAUCUACUGAGGCCACUAGAAAGACUAGGAGUGAUUGUCGGCUGGAAACCUAGCUUAUACGCUAUGCACCUGGUCUUGGCGUAUAGUGCGGUUGUCUACUCUAAGUCCAUGUUGGAUAGCAUGUCAGGGUAG